ACGAGAAUGGCUCUCUCCAUCUGCGCUGCCUUCGCCACCGGCGCAGCUGCGCUGUCGCCGGCAGCGCUGCCUGCGCCGGCCGCCGGCCGCGCGGCGGUCUGCAUGCAGGGCGGCGGGGCGGCGGCGGGGAUAGGCGGCAGCGGCGGCCCGGGCCUGCAGUGGGGCGGCGUGGAAAACGAUCCCAACUUCAAAACAGCAAAGCUCUCCGACAAGCUCAAGGAGGCUGACAUUGAGCGGAGGCUGGAGAGCGAGGCGAUCGCGGCGCGGGAGGAGGCGGUGCAGCGCGCUCGCGAGGAGCGCGCGCGCAAGGUGGCGCUGCUGACGCAGAUCCCCGACGACGUCAAGGCUGGCACCGUCGACGACUUCAUGUACAAGGAGGGCGUCAAGGACAUCCUCGAGAAGCUCGACUACGACCUGAUCGGGCUGACGCCGGUCAAGCAGCGCGUGCGCGAGAUCGCGUCGCUGCUGGUUGUGGACAAGAUGCGGCUCAAGCUGGGGCUCGAGACGUCGGUCCCGUCGCUGCACAUGGGCUUCACCGGCGCGCCCGGCACCGGCAAGACGACGGUCGCGCUGCGCAUGGGCCAGAUCCUGCAGCGGAUGGGCUACUGCCGCACGGGGCACGUGGUCGUCGCGACGCGCGACGACCUGGUGGGGCAGUACGUGGGCCACACGGCGCCAAAGACCAAGGAGAUGGUCAAAAAGGCGAGGUGAUGUGCCGCGAGCUCGAGUACAAGCUCGGCCCUGGCGCGGAGCCGGCGCUCAAGGACUACCUCUCCAAGCGCAAGCGCAUGCCCUUCUUUGCCAACGCGCGCACGGUGCGCAACGCGAUCGACCUCGCGCGCAUGGGCUCCGCCAUCCGCGUCUUCAACGAGAAGAUGUCUCCCUCGUCCAACGGGAUGGUGUCGGAGGACGAGCUGAUGACUAUCAUGCCAGACGACUUCCCCGCGCCCGAGGACGGGCUCACCGGCAUCGAGGACUAGCCCGCGGGCGCUCGCCCAGGCGGCGCGGGAGGGGCGCCCGGGCGAGGGAGCCGCGCGUGUCGCGCAAUGCCGCAGUCCGGCGCCGGCACGGUCGGCGAGGGCGUGCGCGCUGCUCGUUCCGCCGGCCGGGCCACGGCGUCGCUCGGGCUCGUGGAGAGCAGCGUGGCGGCGGCCGGCGGCCUGUGCAGGCGGGCCCUCCUCUCGCUCGGCAGCGCUCCUUUCGUGCGUCGUGGGUGACACCUUGCAGCAGCUGUGAACGUUGUUGUGACUUUUUUUGUGUUGUGGGCACAACGCACGGCGACGCCGCGGAGGCAGGUGAGACGAGUCGUGGGUCGGGACUACGGACUUCGACUUUGCUUUG